CACUCACUGGAUGAGGAUGUGGGAGGAUAGACUUCAAACAUAGAGUGUGCCUCACAAUAAACCUGCACCUUUCGUUUUGUUGUACUAAAUCUUCUUUUGAGUUUAUCAUUCGAGUUUUAGGGAUGCAGAUGUGAACGCGCUUUUUACUUUGACUUCACUUUUUUUGUGUGUGUGACAUCGCGCGCAUUCUGAAUCAAAUCCAAACCCGCUGAGAUUUACCUAUCUUCUCCAGUCGGAAAAACAUCAAGGAGAAGAGGACACGGUGAACAAUUUUUAACUACAGAAGCAUCAAUACUCAUUAACAAAGUUUCCAAGAAAUUCACAGGCGCACCGAGAAAGAUUUCCUCUUUGCGAAUCCCGUUUCCUCAGCGCAUUCGGAGAAAGAGGGGGGCUCGAGAAAUCAUGGUGGUUUCUAUAGAGAGGGUCAAGAGACCAAAGUUACACUCCUAGUCUUAGUCCUUGCUAUUCAUUUUGAGAAUGAAAGCGUUCCGGAUGGGGCCAUUGAGGCUAACUCUUCUAGUUCUGCUGAGUGGUGUGUCAUUUGGAGUGGUUGAACUGGAGCCCCUCCCUCAAAACCAGCCUCAGUCUCUCAGUCCCUAUCCACCUCAAAAGAACAUCACCUUGGCAGUCAUCCUACCUCUACACAACACAGAGUACCCCUGGGCAUGGCCCCGGGUGGGCCCUGCCUUGUUUUGGGCCUUGAACAAGGUGAAUUCUGACCCCAACCUGCUGCCUGGCUACCAUCUACAAUUGGUCUUCAAUAGCAGCGAAAACAAAGAAGGAGUAUGUUCGGAUUCAGUGGCUCCUCUUGUGGCCGUGGACCUAAAGUUUUCAUAUAACCCUUGGGCUUUCAUCGGGCCGGGUUGUGACUACUCGUCCUCACCCGUGGCCCGCUUCACCACGCAUUGGGAGGUUCCGAUGAUCACAGGUGGGGCAAGGGCGCUAGGUUUCGAUUUGUACUCGUCCAUCACCAACAUCGGUCCUACCCACCAGAAGUUGGGUGAGUUUGUGCUCAGGAUGCACCAUCAUUUCGGCUGGCACAAACACGCCAUGCUCAUGUUUAGCGAUAAUAAGAAAGAUGACCGGCCGUGCUACUUUGCCGUGGAGGGGCCGUACACAGAGAUGCAUAAAGACAACAUCACAGUAGAAGACAUGGUGUUUAAUCAGGAUGAUGAACCCCUCCCUUAUGAUGAGUUUGUCCGGGACAUCAGCCAUAAAGCUCGCGUGGUUUAUGUCUGCUGCAAGUGGGAGAUAUUUCGCAAGCUGAUGGUGGAGUUCUGGAGACGGGGUCAUCCUCAGGAGGAGUAUGCUUUCUUCUUCAUUGAUUUGUUUGGACACAGUCUGCAGAGCCACCCUGCUAAACCAUGGGCACGUGGAGAUGCUGAUGACAAUGCAGCCAGGGAGGCAUUUAAAAGCGUGAAAAUCCUGACUUACAGAGAGCCUCAAAACCCCGAGUACAAAGACUUCGUUUCCAGACUGAAGACAGAUGCCAUGGACAUGUUUAACUUCAGCGUGGAAGAUUCUCUGAUGAAUCUGAUUUCGGGAUCAUUUCACGAUGGAGUCAUGCUGUAUUCUCGUGCCCUAAACGAGACUCUGGAUCUGUCGGGUGUGAGGCCCCCAAGGGACGUGGUCAAUAAGAGGAUGUGGAAUCGCACAUACCAUGGGGUUACCGGACUCGUUCAGCUAGAUGAGAAUGGUGAUCGGGAGAUUGACUUUGCUCUAUGGGACAUGACCGACACGAAUACAGGAGUUUAUCAGAUUGUGUCCGUGUAUAAUGGCAGUCAGAAACAGAUGAUUCCAGAGCCAGGGUUGAAGGUGCACUGGCUGAAGGGAAGUCCGCCUCCAGAUAUCCCUCUGUGUGGGUUCAAAAAUGACAACCCUUCCUGCCUGGCAAAGACGGUCACCAUGCACCAGAUGAUCUCCAUAGUGGUGUGCUUCAUUUUUAUCAUCAUCGUAACGGUCACAGUCUUCAUAUACAGGAAGCUGAAGCUGGAGAACGAGUUGACCGCUCAGUUGUGGCGUGUGCACUGGGAGGACAUUCAGAUGAGUAACAUGGAGAAGGUGCUGCGCAGAACCUGCAGCAAACUCACCAUCUCAAUGAGAGGCUCUAACUAUGGCUCACUGCUGACUAUGGAUGGAAACUUCCAGAUCUAUGCCAAGACUGGCUACUACAAGGGAAACAUAACAGCCAUUAAGUAUGUCAACAAGAAACGCAUUGAGCUCACCAGGAAAGUGCUGUUUGAACUCAAACAUAUGCGAGAUGUUCAGAAUGAGCACCUGACACGCUUUAUCGGCGCUUGUAUCGACACACCCAACAUCUGCAUCCUUACUGAGUACUGUCCUCGAGGCAGCUUACAGGACCUCAUGGAAAGUGAAGGAAUCACGCUGGACUGGAUGUUCCGCUAUUCUCUGAUCAAUGACAUUGUUAAGGGAAUGGCGUUCCUCCACAACAGCGUCAUUGUCUGUCAUGGCAACCUGAAGUCUUCCAACUGCGUGGUGGACAGCCGCUUCGUGCUGAAGAUCACAGAUUAUGGUCUGGAAAGUUUCCGCAAGGAGAAUAACUUGGAGGACCUGCACGCUUUCUAUGCACGCCAGCUGUGGACGGCCCCCGAGCUUCUGCGUGCCGACAACCCACCUGCAUGUGGAACACAAAAGAGUGAUGUCUACAGCUUUGGCAUCAUCCUGCAGGAACUCGCCCUGCUGAAGGGCGUCUUCUACCUGGAAGGUCCCUGUCUCAGCCCCAAAGAGAUCAUAGAGCGUGUGGUGGAGGGCCGGUGGCCGUACCUGCGUCCACUGCUGUGUCCUCAGAGCCACAGCGAUGAGAUAGGAGAGCUGAUGCAGCGCUGCUGGUCAGAAGAUGUCAAUGAGAGGCCAGAUUUCAGCCAGAUUAAAGUACUGCUCCGCAAGAAUAACCGUGGAUAUGGUUCCAACAUCCUGGAUAACCUCCUGUCCCGUAUGGAGCAGUAUGCCAAUAACCUGGAGGAGUUGGUGGAGGAGAGGACGCAGGCGUACCAUGAGGAGAAACGUAAAGCUGAAACUCUGCUCUAUCAGAUCCUCCCACACUCAGUGGCUGAGCAGCUGAAGCGAGGUGAGAUGGUGCAGGCAGAAGCCUUUGACUCGGUCACCAUUUAUUUCAGUGACAUUGUGGGCUUCACCGCAUUAUCAGCUGAGAGCACACCAAUGCAGGUUGUGACGGUGCUGAAUGAUCUCUACACUUGUUUUGAUGCAAUCAUCGACAAUUUUGAUGUGUACAAGGUGGAGACCAUCGGCGAUGCGUACAUGGUGGUGUCGGGACUUCCCAUGAGGAACGGGAAACUGCAUGCACGCGAGAUUGCCCGCAUGUCUCUGGCUCUGCUGGAGGCCGUUCACUCCUUUCGAAUCCGUCACCGACCCAGCCAGCAGCUCCGCCUACGCAUCGGCAUCCACAGCGGUCCUGUGUGUGCAGGGGUGGUUGGUUUGAAGAUGCCUCGGUAUUGUUUGUUUGGCGAUACAGUCAACACAUCUUCACGUAUGGAAUCCAAUGGAGAAGCCCUGAAGAUCCAUGUGUCAGAAGCCACACGGGCCAUACUGGAGGAAUUCAACUGCUUCCAGCUGGAGCUCAGAGGGGAUGUUGAGAUGAAGGGAAAGGGACGGAUGAGGACGUACUGGCUGCUAGGAGAGGUCGACUCCAACAAUGCCUAAAAACUGACUGACUGACAGAAAAAGAGCUACAAAACAAACACAUCUAAACAAAUACUGGGACAGUGUGGAACACUGCAGCCCUUCACUGGGACGAAAGGACGAAAGAC